ACUUGGGCAAGGUCAUGAACUAAAUGAGAUCAAAUUGUACUGAGGUGGUUGCAUGUAGUUUAUAUAGUGCAGUGUACAGAGUUAUAGUAUACCCUUUGUAUUUAGCAAUAGCUGUAAUAACUACUGACUGUUUGAAGUUUUAGGAUGGCUGUGGAAAUGAGAGACAGGCUGGGGCAGCUGAGGCAUGCUCAACAAUCAUCUGUUCGAGGUGAUGACUACGGUGUGGAGGAGACGGCGCUGGAAGGAAGCGAGUUCCUCGGAUCAUUCUUCCAAACUGUGGAAGACAUCACCCGCACCGUCAACAUGAUAACGUCGCACUCUGAGAAGAUCAAGCGCAACCACAAUGUCAUACUGGCCUCAGUGAGUAAUUCAGAUGCUAGGGAGAACACUGAUGAACUCAUGAACGAAGUCAAGAAGCUCUCACACAGGGUCCACAAUGGGCUCAAAAGCCUGAAACGGGAUGUAGACAAUGAGGAACAAGGCCCCAACAGGGACACAGCUGACUUCAGGAUCAAGAAAGCUCAGGUUGUCACUCUGUCUCGAAAGUUCAAGGAUGUGAUGGAAGAGUACAAUCAGAUUCAAGAGGACUACAGAGAGAAAAACAAGGACAGGAUCCAGAGACAGCUCAAAUACACUGGUAAGAGAGUGACUGAUGAUGAGGUGGAGGAGAUGCUUGAGUCGGAGAACCUCAACCUCUUCACACAGGAUAUACUGAUAGACACAGCUCAGAAAAGACAGGCCCUAGGAGAGAUUGAGGCCAGGCAUCAUGAGAUCUUGCAGCUGGAGGAGAAUAUCAAGGAACUGCACGAGAUGUUCUAUGACAUGGCUCUGCUGGUGGAAGAGCAGGGAGAGAUAAUCAAUCGCAUUGAGUUCAAUGUGGAGAAUGCUUCCGUGUAUGUGCAUCAAGGAGGAGUGCAAGUUAGACAGGCUGUCACUUACCACGAGAAAAACACUCGGCUCAAGUGGAUCAUCUGUUGUGUGGUGACGUCGGUUAUUGUAUUUCUCGUCAUCCUCAUCGCUAUAAUUGUGAUCGGUGUCCUCUGUCAGGGUGGGAUGUGCAGCUGAUUGCUGAUUCUCACCUGCAAACAUUUUUAUUAUAGACACAUUUAGUAGACUUGUCAUACUAUUAUAUCAAUACAGAAUGUUCGUUUUAGUGUGCACAUGUUCACUUUUGCUCAAUACUUUGUUAUUAUACUGUCA